GGGUCCAAUGAGCUGGUCUGAAUGGGGCAAUGAUGGGUGGAGCGGUCCAUCAUGGGGGAAUGAUUGUUCCGUGAGGAUUUUAUUGGUUCUCAUUAUAUCCGGCGGUAUUGUAUACUCAGUAGAGAUUAAACCAUCACACAACGCACCCUCAUUAUCUCACACAACGUACAUAAAUAGUCUCACAACGCGCACACUGUGCAGUGAUAAAGAACGAUAAAGUAAGAAGAAGAUGGCAAGCGAGAGUGAAGAUGAGAAACCUCUGAUAUUCAGACCUGAACGUCUAACCUCUGAUAAACGAUAUAACGAAGUGGCUGAUGAUGAAAAACGAGGGUUCAGCUCCUCUCUCUGUAAACAGUAUGAUUGGAACUUUCUAAAGAAAUCUGAUUCUAGCAGCAGCAGUAAUAAUUCUUCAGAGAUCUUUCAUAGAGAACAAAACAGCAGCUCAGCGGCAGAUAUGUUCAAAAGCAGCUCUGCAGUAGAUAUGUUCAAAAACAGCUCUGCAGUAGAUAUGUUCAAAAACAGCUCUGUAACAGAAAUGUUUGAAAAUAGAGAUAAUAAAGAUAGAAAUUUUACAUCAAUCCAAGACCAGAAUGCCCUGGACGCUAUCCGAAGGUACAGGACGGCGUUCACCAGGGAGCAGAUUGGUAAACUAGAAAAAGAGUUCCUUAAGGAGAACUAUAUUUCAAGACCAAAGAGAUGUGAGUUGGCUCAUGAACUUAAUCUUCCAGAAAACACAAUUAAGGUUUGGUUCCAGAACCGUAGAAUGAAGGAUAAACGUCAGAAAAUGAUUUGGCCUUGUGGAGAUCCAAUACUUUCUGCAUACCUACUUCAGGCUGCUGCAUCCAGCCCCUACCCUUUCUCCCCCCUCCUCCCUCAUCUUCCCAUGCACAGACCGAUGUACUCCCCACAUCCAUCCUUCCUCCCCUUCCCUCCCCCUUCCCUUCAAGACUUCAUGAAACCUUCUCCAGAGCUUCCUCUCCAUCCUUCUCCUCCUUCUCCGCGGAACCUGGAAAAAAGCAAGGAUGAAGAGAAGAAUAAGAAUCUGUUCCAACCGUAUCUUGACGCGGAGCAGAAAAUCAAACCAUGAGCAAUGGAUUAAGAAUAGAAGGAACUUGUUGGAAGAAAACCGGUUUAUUAUUAAUAAGAUUUAAUAAGGACAAAGUAAAUAAUAUUGCAAACAAAGGAAUUGAGUCUUUGCCACAUACUCAAAUUUUCUAAUCCCAAUAUCUUUGCAACCAAAUGCCGAAGACCUUUUAUGUUUCAAAUUGUAAAUUCUCGUAGUUAAAACAAUCUAAGUUUGAAAUUCGGAAAUUUGAUUUAGUGACAAUUUGCUGAAUUCCUUUUGUUGUCCUUUUCCUGGGCGAGGUCCAAAAUAAGUCCAUUAACUGAAGUCUUGUUUUCCCAUCAAAGAUUUCCAAAGGAAUUGAGUCUUUGCCACAAACUCUGCUUUUCUUAACCUUAUAUCUUUGGAUU